CCUACGCAUGACGACAUAACUCCAAGCCAAGCUAAUUAGCUAGCUGAAUGACGGCUACGAAUACUCGAAGGAUCGGAGCUAACGUGAAUUCAUCCUUAUUCGGGCUAAUCUACAACUGAACCAUAGAGACAACUGGGUCUCUCUCCCUCAGUGACCACAGAGAGGUCUGAGCCUCCGUCACCAUGACAGACAACAAGCGUCUCGCCUUCUCCAUCCUCCAGUUCCUCCAUGAUCAGCUCAAGUCAGGGAACCUGUCCUCAGGGGCCCAGGAGAGUCUGGAAGUUGCUGUUCAGUGUUUGGAGACAGCGUUUGAAGUUUCAACUGACGACCAUACCCUCGCUGUCCCCAUGACGUUACCGGAGAUCUUCGCCUCAGCCACAGCCGGGCUUCCGGUUGAGUCGCAGGUCAACAACAACACCGCUCCUCAACAACCUCCUAACUCCAUCACCGAGGAUCAGAGAGAAGAGGCAGAGGUGCUCAAAACUGAUGGUAACGACCAAAUGAAAGUGGAGAACUACGGAGCUGCUGUUGAGUUUUACUCAAAGGCCAUCGCCAUCAACCCUCAGAACGCCGUCUAUUACUGCAACAGGGCUGCAGCAUACAGUAAAGUAGGGAACUAUGCUGGAGCGGUGCAGGACUGUGAGCAGGCCAUCAGCAUCGACCCAAACUACAGCAAAGCCUACGGGAGGAUGGGUUUGGCUCUGGCCAGCCUCAACAAACACACAGAAGCAGGGACUUACUACAAGAAAGCUCUGGAGCUCGACCCUGACAACGACACCUACAAAACCAACCUGAAGAUCGCAGAGGAGAAGAUGGAAACGUCCAGUCCAACAGCAGCGAUGGGUGGAGUGGAUCUGGCCGGUCUGCUCGGUAACCCCGGCUUCAUGAACAUGGCGUCCUCUCUGAUGAACAAUCCUCAGGUGCAGCAGCUGAUGUCAGGGAUGAUGUCAGGAGCGUAUGGUGGGAUGCCAGGAGGAGGUGCUGGAAUGCCAGGAGGAGCAGGAGGAAUGUCGGGAGGCAUGUCGGGAGGCAUGUCGGGAGGCAUGUCGGGAGGCAUGUCGGGAGGCAUGCCGGGAGGCAUGCCGGGAGGCAUGCCGGGAGGAAUGCCGGGAGGCAUGCCGGGAGGCAUGCCGGGAGGAAUGCCGGGAGGAAUGCCGGGAGGCAUGCCGGGAGGCAUGUCGGGAGGCAUGCCGGGAGGAAUGUCGGGAGGCAUGCCGGGAGGAAUGUCGGGAGGCAUGCCGGGAGGAAUGUCGGGAGGCAUGCCGGGAGGAAUGCCGGGAGGCAUGCCGGGAGGUCUGGGAGGACUAGGGGGACUAGGGGGACUUGGAGGAAGUGCAGCACCACCCGGACCUGCUGCUGGUGCGGGAGAUUUAUCAGGACUAAUCCAGGCAGGUCAGCAGUUUGCUCAGCAGAUGCAGCAGCAGAACCCUGAACUCAUCGAACAGCUGAGGAGUCAAAUCCGCAACCGAACACCCAGUGCUGGAAACGAGGAGCAGCCAUGACACUCAUACACAGUUGGCCAGGUUUGUGUGUGUGGAGAAGGAGAAGAGCUCAUUUGGAUCAUUUAUAACUCGAAGGACUAAAAGGAAGUUCCCCCCCCUCCCCCCAUCACUGCACGAGAGGAGGAGGAGCUCCCGCUUUAUUUAGGAGCCGUCAAACCCCCACUUCCUGCGGCUCUGUUGUGUUUAGGAAGAACAUUUUGACUCUAUUUUGUCAAGAAAUACUGAAGAAUUCUAAUGAAAAAUAAUGAUCUAACAGGGAAAAGGAUGUUAAACAGCAGAGUUUGAACUGAAGCUUAAAAUGUCUUCUUAAACUACACAGUGUAACUUUCAAUGUCUUUGUCCAGUACUUUGUUUAUCGAUAGAUCUGAAUGUGUGUGUGUGUGAGAGAGAAAUUAGGGUUAAUUUAGUGUGUGUGGCAGGUUGAGUUGUGAAGAGGCAGAGAGCUGUUCAAACAGUCUGACAAUAAAAAAAAAAAAAAAGAACAUCUCAACAUUUUACACCCUC